AUGGGAAAUCAGUUAGUGGGUGUCGCUCCGUCCCAGAUAUACCCCGUAGAACAUUACCUUAGUGAUCAUGCCGAUUUAUCCUUUGAUCAAAGCCUCGGUUCAACUAGGUUUCUCAAAGUUGCCAGAGCUAGAUCGAGAGAAGGAUUGAUAGUUGUUAAAGUGUUUGCUGUCCAUGACCCGUCGCUUCCACUGGCUGAACACAAGGACAGGAUACUGAAAAUAAAAGAGCAACUGGCUUCUGCUUUCAACUGUCUGCCUUUCCAGAGAGUAAUUCUGACAGACAAAGCGGGUCUGUUGAUGCGAGAGUACUGCAAGUGCAGCGUCUACGAUCGCAUGUCGACGCGACCGUUUCUAACAGUGCUAGAGAAAAAAUGGAUCACAUUCCAAGUGCUGUAUGCACUGCAUAGGAUGCAUAAACUAGGCAUCUGUCAUGGGGAUAUUAAGCUAGAAAACAUAAUGGUGACAUCGUGGCUGUGGGUACUGUUGACUGAUAUAGCAUCGUUCAAGCCGACUUUCUUGCCAGACGACAACCCAGCCGACUUUAGUUAUUUCUUCGACACUUCGCGCCGGAGAUUAUGCUAUGUCGCGCCUGAGAGAUUUGUGAGAGCGCCAGAUCCUAGUUAUAGGUCUUCUGGAGAUGACAAAUCUAGUGACUUGUUACUGAGUGAAUCUCCAUGUAAAGUAGGGGAAUUGGUACCAAGUAUGGAUAUUUUCUCAGCAGGAUGCGCCCUCUUAGAACUAUGGAACGAUGGAACUCCAGCUUUAGACUUGCCAGGGUUGCUAGCAUAUCGCAACGGCGAAGAUCGACCGUCUACUAUGACGUUGCCAGACACUUGUGAGCCAGGAUUGAGGGAGCUUUUGCACUCUAUGACCGAGAGGAAUCCUCGCGAUCGUCGUAAUGCCGAGAUAUAUUUGGACGAAGCUAGGGGCAAAUUAUUUCCCGAAUAUUUCUACUCUUUUUUACAAUCUUACAUGCUUAUAUUCUCUGCGCAACCAAUACUGCCGGCCGACGAGAAAAUCCUGCGAAUACACCAGGACAUUAAAAAUAUUAUUAAAAUUUUCACCCAGCCAUCAGACACAAAAAACUAUAAGGAUUUGGUGGAAGAGACCACAGAAACAAACAAUCCUGACAAUAUAGAAGCCUUGAUGAAGGAGGGUUUUAAGGUCAUGAAUAUAAAUGUAACUGAUUUUGAGGAAGAAACUGACAAUAAGGCCAUUGAGAGAAGGGAAAUGGGCCCAGAUGGUGAGGGGUUAAUUCUGAUAACUUCAUUGGUCACAUCCUGCAUAAGGGGACUGCAUCAUUGCACCUCUAAAUUGUACUGCUUGGAAAUACUUCAACUGUUGUGUGAAAACUCAAGCUCUGAGACAAUAUUGGAUAGGAUACUACCAUAUAUUAUUCACUUGUCUCACGACGGCACAGCAAGGGUCCGGUCCGCGGCAAUAUGGGCGGCUACAAGGUGUCUAUCCCAAGUGCGAACUUUGCCGCCUACUGGUUGCAACGUGUUUCCUGAGUAUAUCCUGCCAGAACUGGCUCCUCGAGCUGCCGACCCAGCGCUUCCAGUACGCAUCGCCUACGCCAAUAACAUCGCGAAGUUGGCGGAGACAGCAGUGCGUUUUCUUGACCAGACGCAAAAUAUGGUGGAUAAAGAGACAGCCAAUAUCAACUAUGAAACAGAACUCUCGGCUCUACAUGAAAUGGUUCGUUCAACCGUGUCUUACCUCCUGACCGACUCUCAAGCGGUCGUCAAACGGGCUUUAGUGGAGAAUGGAAUUACGAAACUGUGUGUUUUCUUUGGAAAACAGAAAGCAAACGAUGUAAUUCUUUCGCACAUGGUAACAUUCUUGAAUGACAAAGAGGAGGCGGCGUUACGAGGUUGUUUCUUCGAGCGCGUUGUCGGUGUUGCCGCGUACGUAGGCCAGCACGCUGCCCCGAUAUUAGUCCCGUUGCUUCAGCAGGGUCUUACAGAUCAAUCGGAGUGGAUCAUAGCGAAAGCAUUGCGAGCCACUACCAGUUUGGCAGAGCUGGGGUUACUGCCCAAACAAGCCCUGUGUGACUUGCUCGCUGAAAGUGCCGUUUACCUCGCACAUCCCAAUUUAUGGAUAAGACAUGAAGUGUGUGGACUAGUUUCGUGUGUGGCGAGUCUACUGAAUCCUAUUGACGUGAACUGUAAGAUACUUCCAUUGGUGUGGCCGCAUCUCAAACAUAAAUUAAUACAGGUUGAAAGAGCAGAGUUGUUACUGGAAAGUCUCGCAGAACCCAUACCAAGGAAAGUGUUGGAUGCAGUCCUGCGACAUGGCGAUGUAGACCGGCUAGUCCAAACUUUGAGAGAAAGGAGAAAUACGAGGCUCAGGGUAAAACAAGGAACGAUGCCGCAGUACAGCGAAAUGGGGCAGCAAUUGAAAAAUUUGUUUAGAAGACUAGCCUCUGAUGGUAUGACGGAACAUGUUGAAAAUCAACUGCUAGCGAUGAGUGCGCAUCUAAUUAAAAUACAAAGCUCCGCCACACAGCAUAUCACAGACGCGCCGGGCAGGUUAGUGCUAAGCGGCGCCAGCGGUAUCUCCAGGUCGGUGCAGCUGGAUCCAGGCGUAGCUGAUAACACACUCGCACAUAACGUUACUGAUAAACUUUACAUCUCCAGUCAACCAAGGAGGACUCAAAAAACAUCUUUAUCUCAUGAGACGCACAUGAACACAGAAUGGCAGCACAUGUUCGGUCAGUCACACGAGCAGUUGGCGACUAAGUCAUCGGAGCAAGCGCCUCAGUCGACGAGUGCUGUGAGUGCAGCGAGCGCGUCGCACACGAGCUCGGCCGCGCCCGCGCACUCGCAGAUGGGCCACAGCGCCAGCUACGUGCAAUACAGCAUGGCCCCCUGUCGGAUAGAGCUACGGAAUUUGACGGCACGUAUGCAGCAGAAAUUUCAGAAAUCUCUAAGAAGCCAUGAAGACAUUGGUGACUCUAGUGAAGACAUGUUACCGCCAUCAACCUGGCGGCCAGGGAAUCAACUGCUGGCGUAUUUACAUGAACACAAAGCUCGUGUGAAUCAGUUGGUGCGUUUGCCGGCGCAUCGUGGACUUUUUGGCUCAUGUUCCGAUGAUGGGACAGUACGGUUAUGGGAUGCCUCGCGUCUUCAGGGCCAUGCCUAUGUCAACAAGUCUAAAUCAAUGUAUAAUAGGAGCGCUGGUCCUGUCAUUUCGUUGGCAGCUUGUGAGGGAGGGCAGUCUCUCGUAGCUGCCACACAGGAGGGAUCCAUAUUUGUUCUUAGGCUGGAGAGCGGGUCGUCGCGCAUGACCCUGUCGCAGUGCCGGCAGGUGGGCAUGGGUGCGGGGGCGGGCGGCGGCGUGGGUGCCGACGGCUGCGUGGCGUGCGCGUGCGCGGGCGGCGUGCACGCCGGCGUCAUCUCAUACGCCACGCUCGGCGCCGCGGUCAUCGGCUGGGACCUGCGAGCUCCAGGCAAUGCGUGGAAACUACAAGGCGAUCUAAAGCAAGGCGUGUACACUUGCCUGUACGCAAACAGUGCCGGGUACUUGGCAGUUGGAACUUCCAGUGGUGCGGUCUGCGUGUGGGAUCUCAGAUUCCAGCUUCCAAUUACGUCUGUACGGCAUCCUAAUUCGGAGAGAGUCCGGCGCAUCCUGGGUUUCGGGCGGUCGACUUCUCGCAUUUGGGCGGUAGGCGGGCGGGACGCGGCGGCCUGGUGCCUGGAGUCCACGCAGCGCACGCACGCGCUGUGGCCCUGCACCAACGCGCACCAGCCGCUGCACUACUCCGCGCCGGUCCGUACACACGCACACCUCCACACGCGUCCACACACAACUACUGGUGCCUGA